UUGCUGUCUGCAAGCUGCUGAGUGGGUUGUCCUCGUAGGUCUUCAUUUCACAGCCCAUCUCAUUCCCCGAGUGUCCGAUAUGCUUUUGAAUAACUUUAUGCUCCCUUGUGAUCAUAAGCUUCUGCUCUCAUCUUAGUCCUCAGGCCUGAACCCUUUUGUGUUUUACCUGCUGAGCCUAUAGAUCCUUAUUUAGGUAAUAAGUACACUAUAACAGAGCUCUUCACAUCUACCCCUCAAUUCCAAAUCCAGGCCUUGUUUUCAGUUCUCCAAGGUACUUGGCUUAAUAAUAACUGAUUCUGAUUGGCCACAGGGGCUUCACACCUGGCUCACAGGUAAAAGAAGGCUGGGAAUUCAGCAGGGCUUGGACCUUGAGGACCGUGAUUUGAACAGCCCUGCAGUAUAAAGUUUAAAUCACAGAACAUGUGGUAUUGCUGGUUGUAGGUGACCGUCUGGGGGUCCCCAAGGCCUGGUUUAAGAAACACUGACGUAAAGAAAAUCUUUGGUGGGGGUGUCAAGCACAAAUUAUUUGAGGUUUAAAGAUGCUUUGAAAUUUUGUUUGCUGCUUGUUCAAGUACAUUGGAUUUCUUUGAUUUUCUCCUUUCCCAUCUCUCUCUCCUAUGAAACAUGCACAUAUGUGCAGGUUAGAAUGAAGCUUGAGUUCAGAGCGCAUGGUCAGUCAUUUAUAUGGUGCCCCUGAAGCAUUUUUCGAUGUUAAGGGCCUCUUUUAAGGGCCUAGCGGACAUGCCAUUCUCCCCUCAUUUCACGGAAGAAGCGUAGUUAUUAUACACAAAGAAACGCGGCUCUCUGUCUCGUUGUUUUCGGUGGUGAUUUACUUCACAGGUAGGCUGUGCAAUGGCAAAUGUUGCAGAUGUCGCAGAUGAUGCAGAUGUGUGCUCUGACAGUUAUCUUGGCCAUUGUGUGACGGUUUAAGGUUUUUCAUCAGGCAUCUCUGCAGUCUCUCCUCCUCCACACUGCGUGUCAUUUAACUCACAUCGACUGAGACUGAGCUCAUCCCAGGGCCAGUUGUGAUCGCAGGGAAUAAAGUCGCAUGUGUUGCGGCGAGCCGCUUAUUUCUGGUCGUUAUCCUGCGCAACUGCGACUCGAUGCAGCACAUAGCGACAGAUGUGCUGUAAACCGCCAGCUUCUUGACUUCAUCUGGGAUUCGUGUCUGUCGGGUGAAUCAGGAUGGGAGACAAGCCAAUCUGGGAGCAGAUAGGAUCCAGCUUUGUGCAGCACUACUAUCAGUUGUUUGAUACAGACAGGACCCAACUUGGAGCAAUAUAUAUCGAUGCAUCAUGCCUUACGUGGGAAGGACAGCAAUUCCAGGGAAAAGCAGCAAUUGUUGAGAAACUUUCUAGCCUUCCCUUCACGAAAAUCGCUCACAACAUAACGGCACAAGACCACCAGCCAACUCCCGACAGCUGUAUACUUAGUAUGGUAGUAGGACAACUAAAAGCUGAUGAGGACCCCAUCAUGGGAUUCCAUCAGAUCUUUCUCCUGAAGAACAUCAACGACGCCUGGGUGUGCACCAAUGACAUGUUCCGGCUGGCCAUUCACAAUUUCGGCUAAAUGCGCAGGUGGGAAGCGGGGAACGUGGGACAGCGGUGGAGGUGAAGGUCACCCUCCUGGCCCAGCUCACUCCCGACGUGCGCCUCCCUCUGCUCCCCACGCCCACGCCGUUCCUCCAUCCCUGCCUCUGAGAAGUUAACCUCCUCUACACUGGAUCCCAGAUGUCGCUCAUACAAAAAACAAACCCCGACCAGUCAGCGGACAGAACCAACACGCAGGCACGAGCAAUCUCCGGGACACAAACUCCUGUUCUACGCUGAAUGGCUACAGUCUGUCAUAGCCCCUGCACUAUUCUGCAUGCUGUUGGGAACCUAGAAUAGCUGCAUUAUUGAUGCCAGAAGAGCAACUUACUUUUACACUGUUUUAUACUUUCAGUUCAUUGUUACUCGGGCUCAGUUUUUCUCUCCCUUUUAGUUUACUGGCAUUUAAUUUUACAUGUACUGACAGGUUGCUCCUGCAAUCCAAAGAAACAUCACUGACCAACCCAUCGUCACCCCCGAUCUGUCCCAGGGUGAUUACUACAACCACAAUACACAAUAAAUCUUGACUUUUUCUUAA